AUGUCGACGUCCCAUCCAGCAGUAGAGUUGAUGUUUGUCAACAUUGCUCGACCACAAGACAUAAAAGACCGGAAAACUCAAAGGAGAAUUAACAGUCAUGUAAUGAAGCCAAUUGGCAUCACUCGGAGGCGCGCACGCCCAGACGACAAGACAGAAGUAACCUUCAAAUCUCUCAAGUCCUUGUCACAGAACCCAGAAGUCGCAUGUAAAGUUUCACCAGUGAGCUCCAACAUUUCUAGCCCUGGCAUCAGAACCCCAGAAACAUCAUGGGCAUUCGAGUACCGACAUUCACUACAUUUAGUACCAUCUCUUUGCUCUUAUCCAAAGCCGAGCGGGUAUCCCAUAUCCACACGAACAAGCAGUAUGCUCCAUUUCCUAGCCGUAGACCAGGAAGCACCAGUCUGUAAGCUCAUGCGCGAGCUUUGUUUCGCUCUCGCAUUGGCCGAUGACAGCGCCAUGCACUUGGCCCUCGCUCGCCUCGACAUAGAUCCUGAGCGGACUGGAGGAUGGGCUUCCGAAGAGACCGCCAGCAGUUUGACACAUUACAAUGCUUCCAUUGAAAUCUUGCGAAAUCAGCUUGGGGGCGCUCAGCUUAUGGCUCACGAAGCUAUUAUUGGUGUAGUGGUGAAUUUGGCGUGCUAUGAUAUAUUCACCAAUAACUUAACACGGUGGAAGACGCAUAUGUCAGGGUUGCAAAAGAUGAUUGAGUAUCGAGGUGGGAUAGAAACGCUGAGUUCCCGUGAUCUACAAGUGACAGCGAUUUGGAUGGACUUGUCUGGUUCUAUGGUCCUAGACCAAACACCUCAUUUUAGGACGUAUCAAGUCGACCCUUCUCCCAACCUUGACGAGGCCAUGGAUUCUAUACAGAGGAGCAGCAGAGAUAUUAAGGUACUUCUCGCAUCGCUGCUUAAACUAUCCAAUCUAGCUGCAGGAAAGUCUGAGCGUGAACUCAGUCAAGAUUCUGUUCUGCUCCAAGAACUUCAGGCUUCAGUAUACACAACUCUGACUCUGCCACGCUUCAGCCCAGAUAGGCACCAGCACCCCUUGGCAUCUUGUCUAAUCACCUACGAGAUGUUUCGACUGGCUGUGCUUUUAUAUCUUUCAGGCCCUGUCACGUUUCUGGCAGGUAACAGGACCUUCAAUGUGGUGACUCCCCACUUGAGAGGUCGACUAUUGAGGAUGUACAGGGAGCAUAGACUGGGUUGGAUGGGUCGGGAACACGUUGAACUAUUCAUACUAGUCGUUGGGACUCUGACGGAAGUUGGACAAGACAGACAAACAUUGGUUGUUGAGCUUCAACGCAUUAUGAGAGUACAAGGGCUAAGAUGGAACGGACUGGUCGAUAAGCUUCGCUCUAUGGCGUGGGUUGAUGUUGUCUGGUCAGCUGGCCUAGAUAAGCUGCAUAAAGAUUUAGCAAUUCUUUAA